AUGGAUCACGAGGUUACAUAUGACUUCGAGGACGAAGAGCAGUUCUGGAUCGUUCUCGACCAGACCGUCUCUCGACAUUGCGACUCCCACAGCAGUAUCGACGAUACCUUGCGUUCCUACCUGAGUUUGGUGUGUUCUUGUCGGGACCGUUUUCUGCCCACCGACGAGCAUCUUGGCCGUUGCGCAUUUAGGUUACAAGAGUCGACGCUCUUUGAAAUCCAUGCCGACUACAUUCGCCGGCAGUUUGUCCACUGUCUGCUUGAGGAGGAUGAACACGACGUCAUAUUGGCAUCAACGUCCUUCUUGCUCGCCGAUGCGCAAAGCCAUGAGGGCACUUUCGAACUAUUGAAUGACGAAGGAGCAUUCCCGAGAUUGGUGGACCUCAUAUCCAGCCCGAAACAACAUGGAAACGAGGUCCUUCACAGACUCCUCAUGGAGUUGCUCUACGAGAUGGCGCGCAUACAGAAGAUCAGACUCAGUGACCUUGCACAUGUCAGCGAUGACUUUAUCAAGAUGCUGUUCGAGAUUAUAGAACAGGUUUCCGACGAUGUCAACGACCCCUACCAUUACCCGACGAUACGUGUUUUGCUUGUUCUCAAUGAACAAUACAUGGUCGCCGCGCACGAUCCUGCGAACGGUCAGAAUGCCGCGCCACUGACAAAUAGGGUGAUCAAGGUUCUAUCCACCCAUGGCAGUGAGUACAAGACAUUCGGCGAGAACAUCAUACUGCUCUUGAACCGAGAAGACGAAACAUCUUUGCAGCUCCUGACACUAAAGCUGCUCUACCUGCUGUUCACCACCCCGACCACCUACGAAUACUUCUACACAAACGACCUGCACGUCAUGGUAGACAUCCUGCUUCGGAAUCUGCUCGACCUCCCAGAGGAGGCUUCCUCUCUCCGUCAUACCUAUCUCCGCGUGCUCUAUCCCCUUCUUCAACACACACAACUCCAAUAUCCUCCUUAUUACAAAAGGGAAGAGAUCCGCAAAGUAUUGAUGAUCCUGGGUGGCGGUCAUGCCCGAAAUGGAAACGACUCGUCAGACGAGGUACAUCCCUGGACCCAUUUUGACGUGGUGGACGAGACCACGAGUCGCCUGGUCAAGCGAUGCGAGGGUGUGAGCUGGUUGACGGACCCAGAGAUCGACAAUCCAACACCAACCGAAUCGCCUACGGACGAAACCGCGUCGAAUGCUUCUCCCCCAUCGUCGCCAUCCAAAGGCAAACCGCCAGCACUUCCCGCGCCACGCAAACUGAAAAAGCGGACUUCUUCCAAGAGUUCAACACUGGAUAUGGGUCAGUACCUUACGCCUCAGUCGGCAAGCGCUCGCCAGUCAAGCCUCAGUAUGAUAGAGGUGGCCGCACAGAGAGAGAAACCCGGAGUCAUGACGCCUAGCCGGAACCCUAGUCUGAAACAAAACCUUCGCGCCGCAAUAAUGCACAAGAAGGAAAGACCUCCCCCGCCUCCGCAAGCCAGACGUUCUGGCUGGGGCAGGCCGCAUGCGCGAACUUUCCAAACCGACAUGGAAGUUGCCAAAGCAGGUAUCACAGUUGCGAGGCUCGAAGUCGACCCAGAAACCGAGAGGCAGCCCAACGACCACGACAAGCAGUCCAGCCAGCCUCGGACAUCAGUGGCACAAGAAAAGGAGAAGAAGAAGACUCCCUCGUCUCAGGCACCACCCCCCGUGCCCUCUCGUCACAAAGGACAUUUCAAAAAGCCUCCGCCCGCGCCAAAGGCUCGACGGUGGCGCGUCGGUCGUGGGAAACAGGAGGACGGAAACAAUGGUAGCAAUGAACCUCGGCAACCUGGAAAAUUCGGUUCGAAUCUACCUUCGAUUGUCACCACUUCUACCACCGGGAAGAACACCCCGGAGCCGAACCCGUUCUCGCCGCACGAGAAGGAAUCGAGUGAGACGACACGGACCGCAGAUAGUAACAUGAAGAUGGCCGUUAGCCAGGCUCUGGAGAACGCUCAAGCACAGGUUGUAGAGGCCAUCACUGACACUCUGGAACACGUCGAUCUGCAUGCGAGCAAUACGGGCGAUGCGGAAAAGAACAACAACGACAACAACGACGCUGGCUUGAAAGAACCAAGCCAAGAGGCAGACGGUACUCAGACGAUCGAUUCCACCGCCGAAACAAGCGUCAGUAUUGAGCAACUUCGCUCCAGGUCUCAUUCUCGGACGGGGGGAGACGUCGAACCCUCGUAUCAUGACGCCGUGAUGAACCAACCACAACCAGACACCGAACAAUCUUUAGCGUUAUCUCCGUCUCGGACUCCGUCCUCCUCAGAUCCUCCUCCUCCUUCUCAGCAGCUAGCCAAUCCCAACGAAGUCGAGGUCAUGGCAGACCCUGAACCCGAGUCGGGCGUGUGGGUGCCCAUCUCCAACAACCCGCCGCGAAUGGUCCUCACGCCUCCAGCCCAGGAGCCCCUGCGUGGCGUGCCAGGACCGCAAUACGAAUUGGAACGAAGCCCCUUCUUGACGGACGAGGAGGAGGAGGAGGAGGAAGAGGACGAAGAAGAUGACCACGACCACGACCACGACCACGACCUUAAAGGUGCUGUUGGUGUUGGUGCUGGGGUCGGAUUCGAAGUCGAAAUCGUAUCUGAAGGCGAACAAGGCGCAUUCCAUGUCGAUCUUGCUGAAAGAGAAGACGAUGGAUGA